AUGGCUAGAAAGAAGAGUCGACAAACGAGAUUCAAACUCUCCACUAACCACAUUGAGUAUCUUUCGAAAUCUCAAUCAGACUGGUACACCGCUAAAGCCACACGGUCCACCUCUCAGUUCAUCAGAAAGAAACGCCGUCGCAUAGCGGAAAUGCUGGAGGAAACCUCUGGGGAGACAAUCGACGCGUCGAUGAAGGCAUCCAUCGAGGAGGCCAUCGCUUCCUGGUUCAGGGCAAACUGUCGCCCCCGCGGACGAAUUGCAAAAACUGGAACAAAGGCCCGAAGUGGAAGGGAGGUUUUCGCCCACAAGGAAUGGAAGGCCAUUGCGGAGAGAAAGCGAGAGUUGAUGGAGGAGGCGAACUUCCAGGGGGAUCAACAUAUUGGAUUCCAUCAGCAGGCAGUAACUGAACUUUGGGAGAACGUACCGGAGGGGGAGAAGGCGGCAUACAGGAGGGAGGCCGUAGAAUGGGAUAAUAUUGCACCUCCACCAGAGAUUCAAUUCCACAAUGCUGAAGCUGCAGCUGAUCGCUUCCUCAAGUUCACGGAGGAUCUGUACCGGCAAGGCAACGUUCGUGUAUGGGCGAUGAUGAUAUUCCGGGACAAAGAUGGUAUGUUGGUGAAGCAAGUAAUCGACUUCAAUGAUCGCUUGGGUGGUCACUCGCGACUGGAUGAAGCAUUCCCCCAGGAAUACGAGCAGACGGGAUUCGAGAAGCUCUUCGAUAAGUGGAUGCGCCCGGUGUACUCGUUCCGCGAUACUCCCCCACCCGCGGAACCUCCGAAGGCUACGAAGGAUCUCGCCCGAGUGGACUUGGACAAGAACAGAUACGGCGAACCAAUCCUACCCAACAUCGAUGAAUGCCCCCCUGGUGAGGCCAGUCAUCGGAAGUGGCUUACCAAGGUCUUCCGAGCUUUCGUAUUUGACAGCUAUAGCGCGGCGACAGGGGGUUUGAAAAGGGACAUCUCUUGGACCAGGCUAUUCGGAAACCUUCGGCAGUUUGUCGAUGAAUAUUUUUGGCCAGACCGUUUCACGUCAGACUUGAAGGACCCUUCCAUCAUGAAAUAUGAUGUCAUCAAAGCUAUCCUAACGUUUUGGUACAACCGCCAACUAGAUGGAGCCGACCCAGUGUUUUCGUUUUCCCAUUACGAAGAUCCGAAGAAACAGGGCAGAUGGAUUCCUAGGGUUUCCCGCGAUGUGAUUGACGAUGACCCCGAGGUGGAAGUGGAAGGGGAGGCGCGGGCUAACCGGCAGAAGGGAAGAGUCAAGGGCAAAGGAAAGGCCGUGAGGCUUGCAAAGACAGCAGCCGAGAAGGGAAAGGGAAAGGCAUCGGAACCAGUCGUCGACACGCCUGAUUGGAUGGAAUCGCCUCUCAAACGCAUCGGUAAUGCCGUCGUGGAGUCUGGGGACUCUCCUCCGCGGAAGAAGAAAGAGGUCACCCGAAGUGGGGCUGGUCGGGCCAGAGAGAGUGGCAAUGGUUCAGCAGAGGGUGAGGUAUCGAGCGAGAGCGACAUGGAAGAUGAUUCAGACAGGGAGGAUACCGGGUCAGGAUCGGGUUCGAAGGCAUCAGGGUUGAAGGCGUCGGGUUCGAAGGCAUCGGGAAAAGGUUCCCGCGGGAUGGAAGAUGAUUCAGACAGGGAGGAUACCGGGUCAGGAUCGGGUUCGAAGGCAUCAGGGUUGAAGGCGUCGGGUUCGAAGGCAUCGGGAAAAGGUUCCCGCGGGAUGGAAGAUGAUUCAGACAGGGAGGAUACCGGGUCAGGAUCGGGUUCGAAGGCAUCAGGGUUGAAGGUGUCGAGUUCGAAGGCAUCGGGAAAAGGUUCCCGCGGGAUGGAAGAUGAUUCAGACAGGGAGGAUACCGGGUCAGGAUCGGCGAAGGCAUCAGGGUUGAAGGCGUCGGGUUCGAAGGCAUCGGGAAAAGGUUCCCGCGGGAUGGAAGAUGAUUCAGACAGGGAGGAUACCGGGUCAGGAUCGGGUUCGAAGGCAUCAGGGUUGAAGGUGUCGAGUUCGAAGGCAUCGGGAAAAGGUUCCCGCGGGAUGGAAGAUGAUUCAGACAGGGAGGAUACCGGGUCAGGAUCGGCGAAGGCAUCAGGGUUGAAGGCGUCGGGUUCGAAGGCAUCGGGAAAAGGUUCCCGCGGGGGUAAAGGGAAGGUUAAAGGCAAGGAUGCGAAACGAAAGGCCAGCCGCGGUGAUUCUGGCAACGAUUCGGAUGGAAUAGCGAAGGGUGAGGAACAUAGCGCUAAUGCGGGGGGUACAGCAAGUGAGUCGCAUGGACAGGGGAGAGUUCAGGAUGGGGGCGAGAGGUCAGGCUCCGGACUCCCAAACCGUGAUGCACGAUCAGGUCCCUCCGAGACGCAUCCAUCUGAGGACCAUCAGAAGGAGGAUACUGGCCAUGCCAAACCGACUGGCUCCCGAAGGAAUAUGCCCACGACUUCCGUUGGAUUAACUACAAGAGCCAUGGCAAAAUCUUCCCGGGUCCAGACGCGCUCAAGCCAUAAGACAUCAUCAAGGCCGAGGGCACAAGCUCGACCGGCAGGAGGUACGAGUAAAACAGCAGAUAUUUUUGAUUUGAAGACACGCCGCCAAUGGGGAAGGAAAUAG